CAACUGCAGUCACAAUCUGGAAUACGUUAAACUUAAGAAGUGGCUGAAAGACAGAGGAUUUGAAGAUGGUAAUUUAAGGCCAGCGGAGUUCUGGGAUCUGGUGAUACACAUAAGUAAAUGGUAUUAGAGCUGGGAUUCCCAGUGAAGGUACAGGAAGAGGACUGAUGACAACAAAAGCUCUUCAGGCAUGGACAUAUAUGGCUCAAGCCAGGCAUGAAAGCUAAUUUACACACACAUAGCAGCUUGUCAAACAAGGUCAGCAUAGACAUGAUCUAUAAUAUCCCUACCCCACCCUGCUGCGUUGGUAGAAGUACAGUUGUUAGUGAGAUCUACUUUAAAAUAUAUCUCAGGACAAAGAAAAUCAGUAGCCAGGCACCAAACUUUUUGUGAACAGCUUUUUGCAGGUGACAGUUCCUACUGACUGUGUCAUACUCCUUCGCUGGACUGUGACUGUCUUAAAACUAUCUAGUUUCCAUAAAGUUCAACAGCACUUCUCUUUGCUUCUUGACAUUAGUGUUCUCUGGGGAGUGUCUCUCUGUUCAGAAGUCGUGUAGUAGAUGAGUUGUGUACAACUGAUCUUUACUAGUCUUUGUGUGUAUGUUGUUUUUUCCUUCUCUCCCUCAAAGGCAGGCAGGGGAUCUGAUUAUUUCAUUGCCUGAGAAGUGCUUACUCACCACGAGCACUGUCCUUAGUAGCUGUUUGGGAGAAUACAUUAUGAAAUGGAAGCCUCCUGUAUCUCCUUUGAUAGCACUGUGCACAUUUCUAGUAGCAGAGAAACAUGCUGGUGAAAAAUCUCCAUGGAAGCCAUAUCUUGAUAUUUUACCGAAGACAUAUACUUGCCCUGUUUGUUUGGGGCAUGAUGCAGUAAGACUUCUCCCUGAACCUCUACGCACGAAGGCUCAAGAGCAGAGAAUGAUGGUCCAUGAGUUGUACAUGUCUUCCAAGGCUUUCUUCUCUUCCCUGCAGCCUUUGUUUGCUGAGAACACAGAAACUAUUUUUAACUACAGUGCUCUCGAGUGGGCUUGGUGCACUGUUAAUACCAGGACAAUAUAUAUGAAACAUUCACAGAGGGAAUGUUUUUCUAUUGAGCCAGAUGUUUAUGCUUUGGCACCAUAUUUAGAUUUGCUAAACCACAGUCCAAAUGUUCAGGUAAAGGCUGCAUUUAAUGAGCAGACAAGAAGAUAUGAAAUUUGGACAAAAUCACAGUGCAAAAGAUAUGAAGAAGUAUUUAUCUGCUAUGGGCCUCAUGAUAAUCAGCGACUGCUACUAGAAUAUGGAUUUGUUGCUGUGGAUAACCCUCAUAGCAGUGUUUAUGUCUCAUCAGAUACUCUUCUCAAAUAUUUUCCACCAGUGGACAAGCAGAGAAAUGCGAAACUUUCCAUUCUAAGGGAUCAUGAUUUCUUAGAAAACCUGACCUUUGGAUGGGAUGGACCGUCUUGGAGACUCCUUACUGCUCUCAAGUUGUUAAGUCUUGGUGCAGAUGAAUUUACUUCCUGGAAGAGAACGCUCCUUGGUGAUGUAGUUUCAGCCAGAAACGAACAGCAGACUUUGACUAUAACAGCAAAAAUAUGCCAUUUUUUAAUAGAGGAGACACAGCAUAUCCUUCUUCAGAUUUCCCAAUUGAAAAGGAGCAAAGAGAACCUGCAAACGCACUUAUCUUUGGUAGAAGCAUUGCACUUGGAAAACCUGAAGAUACUACAAAAAUCAGCUGAGAAUCUCUGUAGCUUUAGUAUGGCGACAACUUGAUGCGUCUGGACCUGCGGCUGGUUGGAGGUCAUUUGCCAUGGAUGUGCCUUGCUGAACUGUUUUUAUGGACCUGAGCAGCAAAGAAUAAUGUAGAAGUCAUCAAAAUAUGCUUAGUUUUGAUUACAGGGUCACAGAGGACCUGCUCUUUAUUUUGUUCUUUGCUGACCUCCUUCAGUAAUACAAAAGGUUAACUUGAGUGGUAGGGGAGAGCACAGGUGGCUUUCAUCAUAUCUCACUGAAAUUAUGGCUGCUGUGAACAAAACAGUUUCUGGGGUAAUUUGAGCAGCCCUAGGAUUGUGGGCUCAAGCAGUCCUAGAUUUUACAGCUGCCUGUGUGACUAAAGCAUGGAUCACAGGGUCAAGCAGGUACUCCUCAGCAUGUAUUUGAGCUCUGGCACUUGGCAGAGACAAAGAGGAUAGAGCCAUUUAUAUUUGUCUUGUUCCUGUCCUUUACCUUUCCUCUGUGUGAAUUUUGCUCCUUUACUCAAAGCUCUCUCCAGACUCACUAGUUCAUAUUCUGGCUCCUCCUGCUGAGAAUGAGAACUGAAAGGAUAUAUCACUUUGAACUCUGUUUCUUGUUUGGAAGACCACCAAGGCAAUUAGUUCUAUUUCCAUUUGUUUCUGAUGAUCACAUUGAGAAAUGUUCCUAUCCUUUUUAUAAGGGGAUAGUUUCAUGUGCUGCCUUUCAGCAUUGGUUCUACUUAAGUAGGGAGCUUGACCUUCCUAUGUUGUUCAGAGAAGGGAGACUUCCUCAAAUGACAUUUGAGGGCAGGACCCUUAUUUAAGCUGUACAAACUUACUUUGUGGUUGUGUUGUGAUUGUUUUCCGUUUUGUGGGGAAUCACAUUUUGUAGAAUUUUUCAUUACUGUUUUUAGCAUUUGUUAAGAAUUAUGUUUGUGUUUAUUUUUGUAUGUAUAUUGCUUCAUUUUCUACAAGACCUCUAUUUUUGAAAUAAGCGAAAUUGUAUGCAGCAGUAAAGCAUUCUAGAUAAUAUAACUUAAGGAAAAAAAUACAGGUGAAAACUUAGGUAUUCACAUGCACUUUCA